CGAGGCGGAGGGGAGGGGGUCGCGCCGGGGGCCGGCGGAGCUGCUUUGGCUGCGGCGGCAGCAGGAGACGGAGCGAGCCCGGCGGCCACGGGCAGACCCGGAGGGAACGGAGGAAGCGGUCAUGUCUCGCUACACGAGGCCCCCCAACACCUCCCUGUUCGUCAGGAACGUCGCGGACGCCACCAGGCCUGAGGACUUGCGCCGUGAGUUUGGUCGAUAUGGCCCUAUAGUAGACGUUUACAUUCCGCUUGACUUCUACACCCGCCGCCCGAGAGGAUUUGCUUAUGUUCAAUAUCCUUUAUUUUACUUCAUAUUUGAAGAUGUUCGUGAUGCUGAAGAUGCUCUUUAUAACCUCAAUAGAAAGUGGGUAUGUGGCCGUCAGAUUGAAAUACAGUUUGCACAAGGUGAUCGCAAAACACCAGGCCAAAUGAAAUCAAAAGAACGUCACCCUUGUUCUCCAAGUGAUCAUAGGAGAUCAAGAAGCCCCAGCCAAAGGAGAACUCGAAGUAGAAGUUCUUCAUGGGGAAGAAAUAGGCGGCGGUCUGAUAGCCUUAAAGAGUCCCGACACAGGCGAUUUUCUUACAGCCAGUCUAAAUCUCGCUCCAAAUCACUACCAAGGCGAUCUACCUCAGCAAGGCAGUCAAGAACCCCAAGAAGGAAUUCUGGUUCUAGAGGACGGUCAAGGUCCAAGUCCUUGCAAAAAAGGUCCAAGUCGAUAGGAAAAUCACAAUCAAGCUCACCUCAAAAGCAGACCAGCUCAGGAACAAAAUCAAGAUCACAUGGAAGACAUUCUGACUCCAUAGCAAGAUCCCCAUGUAAAUCUCCCAGAGGGUUUACCAAUUCUGAAACUAAAGCACAAACAGCAAAACACUCUCAUUUUCGAUCACAUUCCAGAUCUCGGAGUUAUCGUCAUAAAAACAGUUGGUGAACAGCAACAGAAGAGUGCUACGUAGUAUUUAAUAUGUUAUUAAACCUCUCAUUAUGUUAAAUAAAAAUUCUUCAAGGCUUACAGAAAAAGUGAGUUGAUAUUAGUUACUUUGGGCAUGUGCAAGAGAUAAAAUCUCUCUAGCUUGGGUUAAUGAAAAUUUGGUCUCGAUUUAAGGGCCCAUACCACAAAUUAUGAUGUGAGUAAUGUCCCAUUUUAUGGACCAUUUUUUUGUUUACAUUGUGGCAGAAGUGUACUUUUCAAAGGAAAUGGAUAAAAUGGAACUAAUUUGGAAAAUUGGACUUGGAUGUUAAGUAUUAAUAAUACUAAUAACUUUUACAAAAGUUUUUUUUACUUUAAAGCACUUUCCUUUCAUGUAAAAAGUAAUUAUGACUGUAUAAUCGCAUAGGGCAAACUUAAGACUAUUUGACAUCUUACGUCUCCUUUUUGUUUUCUCUUUAAACUUGGGCCAAUUCCUGAGGGGUAUUAAUUCAUAUUACAAAAUUCUGACAUUUCUAAAAGUAGAGUUUAUAGAGAGAUCAAGCAUUCAAAAGAUACAUUCUUUCCUGAGCUCAGAAAAGGUUUAUUUUUACUGGGUGGAACAGUAUAGAUAAGUAGACAUUAAAUUGCAUCCUAUACCAUAUUUAUUCACUUCAGAAAUAUCGAAACGUUAUAAAAAUUCUGAGUUUUGAAUGGUUUGAGACUACUCUAAAAAUGAUGUGCAACACUCAUAGUCCAAAAAAUUCAUAUCAAGCCUUACACAUUUGAAGA